UAGUCCCAGAUAUCUUAUUUGUUUCCAAUAAACAUAAUCAAAAUAUCUUAUUUAUAUUUUAUUUUAUAUUUAAACCACCAGCCAAUGCCAUAGUUGCUAGCUCCUGCUGAGUCUCUCUGCCUCACUCUGUAACUCAACUCAAAUGGCCAAACCAAGCAUACAUGUUGUGUUGUUGUUCAUCACCACCAUCCACUUGUUCUUCAUCAUCCCUUGUUUAAUAUGUUGUCCUGAUCAUCAAAGGCAUGCCCUUCUCCAAUUCAAAUCCUACUUCUUCAAUACCUCCUCAGGCUCCUCUUCCUCAGAUAAUUCCUCCAUCAUCUAUGGCUUAGAAUCUUGGAACUCCACUUCUUCUGACUGCUGCAGUUGGGACGGAAUCGUUUGUGAUUCAAAGGCGGCACGUUCCAUCAUUGCUCUUAACUUGCAUUCCAUUGCCAGUCCCAGCACCGCUACUCUCCAAUUGGACAUGGACAUGGACAUGCCAAUGCCAAUAAUGCCACUUAUCAAUGCGGAGGUGGUCUUGACACCGCUCUUUCGCAUUACCACGUUGAUGCUGCUUGACAUCUCCUCCAAUAACUUACAAGGUCAAAUUCCCGGUGAUGGUUUUGCCAAUCUCACCAAACUGGUUCACCUUGACCUCAUGGAGAAUAGCUUCCAUGGCUCUAUCCCACCACUACUUUUCCUUGGCUUGAGGUUUCUGCAAUAUCUGGACUUGAGUGGCAAUUCACUCAAUGGUGUUCUAAGUCCCCAAGUCGGCUAUCUUACAAACUUGAAGGCUUUGAAGUUGGAUGAAAACUUCUUUCAUGGAAGCAUCCCGGAAGAGAUUGGGAACCUCUCCAAGUUGCAGCAAUUGUCUCUCCGACAGAACGAGUUCCAUGGCGGGAUCCCUUCCUCGCUAGUGCUGUAUCUGAAAGAGCUUCAACUACUGGACCUGAGGAACAACUCAUUUUCAAUGGAUAUUCCAGUUGAGAUUGGAACAAGGUUAUCAAACAUUUCCACUUUGGCCUUGAGCGACAACUAUUUCACCGGUGGAAUCCCAGCAUCCAUACAGAAUAUGACCAACUUGGAAACACUUAGGCUAGACAACAACAUGCUCACUGGACAAAUUCCAUCCUGGCUGCUCAAUUUCAAGGCACUAAAAAACCUGUUUCUGGGAGGAAACAAGCUGAAGCUGAAUAACAAUAUUAAUGUAGUGCCCGAGUGUAGGCUAUCUCAACUCUCUCUCAAGUCUUGUGGGCUUGAUGGUGACAUCCCAGAUUGGAUUUCUACUCAAAAGAGUCUUGAUUUUCUUGAUUUAAGUGAAAACAACCUCCAAGGAACAUUCCCAGAUUGGCUUGCUGAGAUGGAAGUUGGAAGCAUCAUUCUCUCAGAUAACAAGCUUAGUGGUUGUGUUCCUCCUCGUCUUUUUCAAUCUUUGAGUUUAUCAGUCCUUUCCCUCUCCAGAAACAAUUUCUCUGGUGAGUUGCCUCACAACAUUGGUGAUGCUACUGAGAUCAUGAUUCUUAUGUUGGCUUCAAACAACUUCUCUGGCCCCAUUCCAGUUUCCAUUUCCAAGAUUUAUCGCCUGUUGUUGUUGGACUUGUCAAGCAACAGAUUUUCUGGCAACAUAUUAACCGCUUUCAACCCUGAUGCCCUGCUUGCUUUUGUCGAUUUAUCCUCCAAUGAGUUAUCAGGUGAGAUUCCAGUGACUCUCUCUAAUGAAACUAGGAUUCUUUCAUUGGGAAAAAACUACUUCUCAGGUCCCUUGCCUCGGGAUCUGACUCGUUUGAGCAAGCUUCAACAUCUUGAUCUCCAUGACAACAAAAUCACUGGUGAAGUGCCAACAUUUCUUUCUGAAAUCUCCACUCUUCAAAUUCUGAAUUUACGAAACAAUUCCCUUCAAGGUUCGAUCCCCAACGGACUUUCCAACCUUACUAGCCUCCAAAUUCUCGAUUUCUCAUCCAACAAACUCACAGGGAAAAUCCCCCCAGAAAUGCGAUAUCUUGCUGGAAUGAUUGAAACUCCCGUCACAAAUUCAUCACUCUCUGGUAUGUUCACCUUCUCAAUCGAGUUCAAUGACUUACUAGUGAACUGGAAAAAGUCGAUACAAGGUCUUUCAAGUCACAACCUUGGCCUGUACUCCUUGUUAGACUUGUCAAAGAACCAACUUUCGGGUGAAAUUCCAGCAUCAUUAGGUGAACUCAAGGGCCUAAAGGUACUCAACAUCUCAUUCAACAGACUUGCCGGUGAAAUACCAGCAAGUUUCGGUGAUUUACGGAGUGUGGAGAGCUUGGACUUGUCGCACAACAAGCUAUCUGGCUCAAUCCCAAAAACACUAGUAAAGCUGCAAGAACUGACUACGUUGGAUGUGAGCAACAACGAGCUCGUUGGAAAAAUUCCAGUGGGUGGACAGAUGGACACGAUGGACGAUCCAAAUUACUAUGCUAAUAACAUUGGGUUAUGCGGAUUUCAAAUUAGGGUGAAAUGUCCAGAGAAGCUGCCACCGCCAGAAGUGCAGGAGGAGGAUGACAUCAAGGAGUCAUGGUUUUCAUGGGAAGGAGUUGCAGUUGGGUUUCCACUCGGCUUCUUCUUAUCGAUUGCAAUCAUAUGUAUUACUAGCUAUUUGAUCCCAGCAAGACCGCCAAAUCGCCGCAGCUUCCGAAGAGGGCAAAGAGCUUAAGCCAAAUAGCUCUACUGUAAGGUCUCCCUGCAAGUCAUUGAAAUUCUGGAAUACCAAUAAGGGUAAAUAAUUCAGGUCAUUGCAGUUCUUUCUUAACAUAAAGAAGCCAACAAGCAAUCUGUAUUUGAUCUUCAAUAAGUACUGGAGAUUCUCUCUCCAUAUUACUAAAGUAAUGAAACAGUGUUCCUCAAUCACUCAACCUUCCACAUUUUGUUGGUUCUCUUCCACUGGCUAAAGCUGAGGAAGAGCCCUCAUUAGCACAGUUGCCAUGUAUGAUUAAUUACAUAGAUUCCAUAUGAUGUUUCUGAUAUA